GUAGGGUACAAUAUGGCGAAGAAUUUGAGGGCAAAGAUGCCUGCCGAGGAUACGCUGGUCAUCCGCGAUAUCAACUCGGACGCGAUGCAGCGGUUUGUGGCCGAGACCAAAGCCGCAGGGAGUGAGCGGGUGGAAAUCGCCGCCAGUCCGAGGGAGGUCGCUGAGAAGUCGACCACCCUUGUUACGAGUCUCCCGGAGCCACAACACGUCAAGGACGUCUUCCACUCUAUGUUGAAACCUGGCGACCUCCCGACUGUAGAACGCGAACGCCUCUUCAUCGACACUUCCACCAUCGACCCGACCUCCUCGAAAGAGGUUGCCAAUGCUAUCCACACAGCCCGUGCCGGUCGCUUUGUCGACGCCCCCAUGUCCGGCGGCGUGGUCGGUGCCCGCGCAGGCACCUUGUCCUUCAUGUUCGGCGCUUCGUCACAAUCCGGCGAGCUCGUCGACCGUGUCCGCUCCGUGCUGCUCCUCAUGGGCAAGACCGCCUGGCACAUGGGUGCCCAGGGCUGCGGCGUCUCGGCCAAACUGGCCAACAACUAUAUCCUUGCCGUCAACAAUAUCGCCACCGCCGAGGCCAUGAACCUAGCAAUCCGCUGGGGACUUGACCCCAAGGUCCUGGCAGACAUGGUCAGCACCUCGACAGGCCGUUGCUGGCCCAUGGACGUCAACAACCCCGUCCCCGGGGUGGUCGACGCCGCCCCGGCGUCAAGGGGGUACGAGGGCGGGUUCGGCGUGUCGUUGAUGAAGAAGGACCUCCGUCUGGCGAUUGCCGCUGCUGAGGAGUCAGGAACACCGCUGAUGCUGGCCGAUUCGACUCGUCGGGUAUAUAACGCGGUGGAGGGGGCGUAUCGUGGCAAGGACUUUUCGGUCGUGUACAAGUGGCUGCAGGAUCAGUCUCAAUAG